AUGGCCAUUCUCGAUAUCACCAAAGACCUACCUACACUCUUUAGGCAACAGGUACAGGCAACACCAAACGCCGUGGCGUUGGAAGAUGAGACCACAUCCUAUACAUAUACCCAGCUCGACCAGGAGGUGGAGGCCCUUGCCACUCGUCUUCGGACCUAUGGGGUCAGCCGUGACACCCUCGUGGGUGUGCUCCUGCCGCGGAGUGCACAUUACGUGAUUGCCUGUUUGGCGGCCCUUCGCGCGGGUGGUGCGUUCCUAGUACUGGAGUUGGCUUACCCCGCAGACCUCUUGGCGGAUGUCAUCGAAGACGCUAAACCUGCUGUUAUUAUCACUCACAAGUCAGAAAGCGAAAAGAUCAAAGCCCCUCUUCCAUUGAUCAACCUCGAUGAGCCAAUUGCCGAAACGAACGGACACGCCAAGGAACCUUCUCCAUUGCCGGAAAAUGACGAUCUAGACCGCCUGGCGUUUGUCUCUUAUUCUUCAGGAACCACAGGCAAGCCGAAAGGCAUCGCCAAUCCUCACCGGGCUCCGGUACUGUCAUACGAUCUGAGGUUUGCCGUGCAGGAUGUACAACCGGGAGAUCGGGUGGCCUGCAAUGUAUUCUUCAUCUGGGAGAUGCUACGACCACUCCUGCGCGGAGCCACAGUCGUUAUUGUGCCCGAUGAGACGAGUUACGAUCCCGCGGCUCUGGUCGACUUGCUCGCGGCCAAGAAGGUCACCGAAACACUCAUGACACCCACCCUCCUCGCUACUGUCCUUUCCCGCUAUCCCCGUUUCGGUACACGUGUUCCUGAUUUGCGAAUCGUUUGGUUGAAUGGCGAAGUCGUCACCACCGAUUUGGCUCGCAAAGCGAGCAAAAUCCUCCCCAAUGCUCGCUUGCUUAACUGCUACAGUGCAUGUGAGACACAUGAAAUUGCCUGCGGGGAUAUCCGCGAGAUGAUAGAUGAUGAAUCUCUCUACUGCCCCGUGGGCCCACCUCUGGACCCUACACAUACCUACGUUCUGAACGAGAGUGGACAGGAAGUGGAGGCGGGAACAUCAGGAGAGCUCUUCAUCGGCGGUCCCCUGUUGGCUAGAGAAUACAUCAACCUCCCCGAAACAACUGCCAAGGCUUUCACUCCCGACACCUUUGAUUCUACACCCGGUGCUCGUAUGUAUCGGACCGGAGAUCUGGCACGCAAGCUGCCGUCAGGACUCCUCGAAAUUACCGGCCGUGUCGGCGCAAUGAUCAAACUGCGCGGCUAUUCCGUCGUACCGGCAAAGGUUGAGAGUGAAAUCUGCCAAUAUUUGGCCGUCAGUCAGUGCGCUGUUACCGCAUAUGGUGAGGGCUUGGACCGACAAUUGGUUGCGUACAUUGUCCCCGAUAAGGAGGCCUCAUCUGACCGACCCUCUGUUGCAAUCAACGAGUCUGGCCACAGUCCUUCGGCGCGUCGCGCCCUCGAAAAUAGACUUGCGCAGUACAUGAUUCCCGCUCUUUGGGUUGCGCUGGAGGAGCUGCCCACCAAUGAAGUAUCUGGUAAGGUUGAUAUGAAGAGCCUUCCUUCGCCUCGCAGCUCUAGUCCCAAUGGUAGUGAACAAAGUGCCGGCAAGGACCCGAUCGGUAUCAACGACAUCGCGGCAAUCUGGGAGGCUGUUCUCAAGGUUUCAAAGAGUUUGUUGAAACCUGAGGAUAACUUCUUUGACCUGGGUGGUCAUUCGUUGUCCCUGGCAGACCUUUCAUCAAAGCUUUCUAGACGUUUUGGGUUCCGGGUUCCAAUUCCCCGUCUCGCGGAGAAUACUACUCUGACUGGUCACUUGGAGACUGUUCGUGCUGUCAGAGAUGGCCACACCGAAGAAGUACAAGCAAAUCUGCCGGCAGUCUUGCUUUCCGAUGCGACGCUGGACGAUGAUAUCAAGCCUACAAAAACCGCGAUCACUUCGGUCACUUCAGCGGACACCGUGCUUCUUACUGGUGUGACUGGAUUCUUGGGUGCUUUCCUGUUGAAUGAUCUGAUUGAGAACACUUCAGCCAAGAUUAUUUGUCUUGUGCGCUUCAGUGAUCCCGAGCAGGAUGAUCAAGCUGGAGGUGUGGCUAGGAUCCGCAGGAACCUUCUCGACAUGGGACUCUGGCGCGAUUCGAUCCUUGAGCGCGUUGAAGUUCUCCCUGGAAACCUUUCUCGUCCUCGAUUGGGUCUGAGCCCGGAAGAGUUCGACAAUAUUGCGUCUCGUGUUCAAGUCAUUGUACACGCUGCCGCCACCGUCAAUCUUGUCUACCCCUACGCCGCGCUCCGAGGUGCAAAUGUUGGUGGAACCAGGGAGAUUCUUCGAUUGGCCGCCAAGGGCGGCGCGACUGUGCAGUAUGUCUCUACCAACGGUGUCUUGCCACCAUCAGGCGAGAACGGUUGGCCCGAAACUACCGUGCUGGACGUGAGCGAUGUCCCAACAAAGCUGCUCGAUGGCUAUGGUCAGACCAAAUGGGUUGCAGAGCAGCUUGUUCUCAAGGCCGGUGAGCGCGGGUUGCCGGUCAAGAUUCACCGAUGUGGUACCAUUAGUGGUCACAGUGUGACAGGCUCUGCUAACGCGUGGGAUUUGCUGACUGCGCUGAUUGUCGAAUCGAUCCAGCUCGGGUACGCCCCAGACGUGGAAGGAUGGCGCGCGGAGAUGACCCCUGUGAACUUUGUCAGCAAAGCAAUUAUUCACCUUGCUACUCAAACACAAGCAGACCAAAGCGUGUUCCAUCUCGGCGAUCCCAAGCCGGUGGAUACUCGAUCGGUCUUUGAGGAUCUUAAGGAGCUUGGGUACCAGACGAAGCCUCUUCCAUGGGAUGAGUGGGUUGCCCUGUGGUUCGAGAAGAGAGGCUCUGCCAAGGGUGGAGACGGUUCGUUCACCGUCGACAUUCUUCGCAGCGGCAUGCCGACCGUGGAGUUCCUUCGCGACAUUGUGGUCCUCGACAACGCCCUGACUCGGCCCUUCCGAGCUGUGAUUGAGCGACCCAAGGUGGACAGCCUUUUGUUGGAAACCUACACUCGGCAUUGGUUUGCCCGAGGAUGGCUCCCCAGGCCCCCUUCCCGUCAGAAUGCCCUCAACCGCCCCACUGAACCAGCCGUGAAAGGCCCACUCAGCGGCCAAGUGGCAGUGGUUACUGGUGCAUCCUCCGGCAUUGGUGCGGCGGUAGCAGUCGCUCUAGCGAAGCAGGGCUGUGCUGUCGCCCUUGCCGCUCGCCGACUCGAUGCCCUUGAGGGUACCAAGCGCAAGGUCGAGGCCCACGGCGUCAAGUGCAUCCUGCGAUCCACCGACGUCACCAGCAAGGCCCAGGUCGAUGCCCUCGCUCAGGCAGCGAGCGAGGAGCUGGGUCCAGUGGACAUCCUGGUCGCCUGUGCUGGUGUCAUGUACUUCACCAUGAUGGCAAACACCCAGAUGGACGAGUGGGAGCGCACCGUCGAUGUCAACUGCAAGGGUCUCCUGCAUGCCCUCUCUUCCACCGUGCCCGGUAUGCUCUCCCGCGGCCGGGGCCACGUUGUCGCCAUUUCCUCCGACGCCGGACGCAAGGUCUUCCCAGGCCUGGGCGUGUACUCGGCCAGCAAGUUCUUCGUCGAGGCCACGCUCCAAGCCCUCCGCCUCGAAACCGCGGGCGCCGGCCUGCGCGUGACGAGCAUUCAGCCCGGCAACACAUCCACAGACCUGCUGGGCAUGUCAACUGACGCGGAAGCCGUCAAGAAGUUCGGAGAGCCGUCUGGAGCAAAGAUUCUCGAUCCCUCCGAUGUUGCCAACUCCAUUGUUUACGCCCUGACUCAACCGGAACACGUCUCGGUCAACGAGAUCCUGGUUGAGCCUCGCGAUGAGCCCAUUUGA